UAAUUCGAAUCGGGCCCCGAUCGCGCAGCUUAACCAACAGAUCCGACCGAAAAAUCCCUAGAUCAGCUGAAGACUGGCUCGACAAGUAAUGAACUUUCUCCUGACGUUGACAAAGAUCCAGGCUUAAAAUCGGUGCACCUCGCGUUCGAAACGUGCAAACCAAUCGUCACAGACGUCCCACGAGCGUCCGGACGUUCCGACGACGCGUCCUAGUUCCCCGAGCCGUUCGGACGGCCAGAAAAUGUCCGUCUAGGAACUGGUGCAAACAUAAAAACAAGAAAGAUUGUCAUUCGUAAUUGGGCAAUGUUCGUGUUGAUCGUUUAGUUUAAUCCGGUGUAUUUUGUGUUUGUGUUAUGGCUACGGAGGCGGCUAAACAGAGCGGCGCGCCUGCAGGCGGUUGUUGAGCGUUUUUUUUUUUCAUAUAUCUCCGUUAUUAUGGUUUGCUGAGGCGAUUGCUUAAUUUGGAAGUGAGCGAAGAAAGUGAAACUCGGGAGCAAUGUCAACGAUGAAAAGCGGCGGCCUGGCCAAAAAGGAAGGCAAAAUGCGCAUCCGUGCGUUUCCCAUGACAAUGGACGAGAAAUAUGUGGAGAAUAUAUGGGCCCUGCUCAAGAACGCCAUCCAGGAGAUCCAGAAGAAAAACAACUCGGGACUCAGUUUCGAGGAGUUGUACCGCAACGCGUACACGAUGGUGUUGCAUAAGCACGGUGAAAGACUCUACACCGGACUCAAGGAAGUCGUCACGCACCAUUUAGAAUUUAAAGUGAGGGAGGACGUGCUGAAAUCCCUGCACAAUAACUUUCUGAUGGCUUUGAAUCAAGCAUGGAAUGAUCAUCAAACUUCCAUGGUUAUGAUUAGGGAUAUUCUCAUGUAUAUGGAUAGAGUUUAUGUUCAACAAAAUGAUGUUGACAAUGUAUAUAAUCUUGGACUUAUAAUCUUCAGAGAUCAGGUGGUGAGAUAUGGCUGUAUAAGAGACCAUCUACGUGGCACCCUCCUCGACAUGGUGAUGCGCGAACGUCACGGCGAAAAAGUCGAUCGCAUCUCCAUCAAAAACGCGUGCCAGAUGCUUAUGGUGCUCGGCAUCAAGUCCCGCUCCGUCUACGAGGAGGAUUUCGAACGACCCUUUCUGCAACAGUCCGCCGAAUUUUACAAGGUGGAGAGCCAGAAGUUUCUGGCGGAGAACAGCGCCUCCGUGUACAUAAAAAAAGUGGAGGCGCGAAUAAACGAAGAGUCGGACAGGGCGAAGCACUAUCUGGACGAGUCGACCGAGUCGCGGAUCGUCGAGGUCGUCGAGGAGGAGCUGAUCAAGAAGCACAUGAAGACAAUUGUUGAGAUGGAAAAUUCGGGGGUGGUGUACAUGCUCAAACAUCAGAAAACCGAAGACCUGGCGUGCAUGUACAAGUUGUUCGGGCGUGUCUCUGACGGUCUGAAAACGAUGGCCGACUGCGUUAGCCAGUACCUGCGUGAACAGGGCAAGGCCCUGGUACAAGAGGAGGAACACCAGCCGGCCACCAACGCCAUCACCUUCGUUCAGAGCUUGCUGGAUUUGAAGGAUAGCUUCGAUCAUUUCCUCAAGAACUCGUUCGACAACAAGAAGAUCUUCAAGCAGAUGAUCGCCUCCGAUUUCGAGCACUUUUUGAAUCUGAAUCCGAAAAGUCCGGAGUAUCUGUCUCUCUUUAUUGAUGAUAAACUCAAGAAGGGUGUCAAAGGAAUGUCCGAGCAAGACAUCGAACUGGUAUUGGACAAGUCGAUGGUUCUGUUCCGGUUUUUGCAAGAGAAGGACGUGUUCGAGCGCUAUUACAAGCAACACCUGGCCAAGCGCCUGCUACUCAACAAGUCCGUCAGCGACGACUGGGAAAAGAACAUGAUCUCCAAGUUAAAGACCGAGUGUGGAUGCCAAUUCACGUCAAAAUUAGAAGGAAUGUUUAAGGAUAUGACUGUCUCGAACACGAUCAUGGACGAAUUCAAGGAACACAUUUCCAAAACUGAGAGUAAUUUGGGCGGCGUCGACCUCUUUAUGCGGGUCUUAACCACCGGCUUCUGGCCUACGCAAAAUGCAACACCUAAAUGUCACAUUCCGGCCGUUCCGUUGUCUGCCUUCGACUCCUUUCGUAGGUUUUAUUUGGCGAAGCACAGCGGCCGGCAGCUGACGUUACAGCCGCAGCUGGGCAACGCCGACCUGAACGCCGUGUUCUACGGUCCGAAGAAAGACGACGGCGGCGCCGCCGAAAAAGACGGCGCGUGUUCAUCAUCGACGAGUCUGAUGGUCGCCUCGACCACCACCGCCACGACAACGUCGACGUCGUCGUCCUCGUCCCGUUCCGGCCCACGCAAACACAUAAUCCAGGUGUCCACCUAUCAGAUGGUGGUGCUGAUGCUGUUCAACAACCACGAUAAACUGACCUACGAAGAAAUACUGAAUGAAUCCGACAUACCCGAACGGGAUCUGAUCAGGGCGUUGCAAUCGCUGGCGAUGGGCAAGGCCACGCAACGCAUACUGAUCAAAAAUCCGAAGACUAAGGAAAUCGAAUCCACGCACGAGUUUUACGUAAACGAUUCGUUCACGUCGAAGCUGCACCGCGUCAAGAUACAGACGGUGGCUGCGAAGGGCGAGAGCGAGCCGGAACGUCGCGAGACCCGCAACAAGGUGGACGAGGAUCGUAAGCACGAAAUCGAGGCGGCGAUCGUGCGAAUAAUGAAGUCGCGCAAACGGAUGCCGCACAACAUACUCGUAACGGAGGUGACGGAGCAAUUGAAGAGCCGCUUCCUGCCGUCGCCGGUCAUCAUCAAGAAGCGGAUAGAGGGAUUGAUCGAACGUGAAUAUCUGGCGCGUACGCACGACGACAGGAAGGUUUACACCUAUGUGGCUUGAACUGUUUUCUAUUCUAUUAAUUUAACGAGUUACGAGUGGACAGUGUGUGGGUUUUACCGGACACUAGAUGAUUGAUAAUUCGUAUAAAGUAACAAUUAAAUUAUUUCAAGAGAGAUCUUUUUUUUUAUAUAUAUAUAUAUAUAUAUGAAUAAGCAGCAGUUGUAACUUUGUACACACACACACACAUGGACUCUCACUUCCAGACUGCGUGGAGGCUUGACUGAGAUUGAAACGGGGCAACUGGAGGACGGGGACAUGCACCGUUGGCGGGUCGUCCCCACUGCCUUUUUCCCCGCCCCCCUUAAAUUAACCCCAAAUCACCCGUCGACGGAUUUCUUUGAUUGUCCGCCUCUUACACCCGUAUUUAAUCGGGAUCCGUCGUUGCCCCAGAAACCAGUUGUAAUUUCGUUCGUCGGCUAUCGUUAAGGAUUUUUAAAUUUGUUAGCUAGUAACAUGAUUGAUUGAAUGAUUGAUUGAUUAUUUCUACUGAACUAUCAAUUUUUUGUUUGUUAAAUUGAAUUGGAAGUUUUGUUGUUGAUUCCACCGAAAAGCUACCACCGGACUCAUCGGCAAAUGUUCUUUCAACGGAAAAUCUGUGCGUUCGUUCGUUUACAGCAUAUGUAAAAAUAAAUUGAUUAUUGUAUAUUUCAACAACAUAUGAAGCAAUAUUUUUGCAAAAACAUUUAAAAAUUUUCCGUCUAAUAAAUUAUGAGAAAAUAUUGUUUAUUGA